AUACACGGCACCAAUUCGUCCUUCUGCUGCAAGCUCGCAGCCAUGGCGACCGCAAGUUGUUCCUCGGCGUCGCUCCUCCACUAGCAUCUUAAUUCUCACCACCGCUGAUCUCGGCGGGGUAGAGAGAGAGAGAGAAAGAGAGAGAGAGGGAUCUCUUGCAGGUUCAACAAGCUUUAAUUUGACUUGCUAAUAUUUACCAGCAUUCUUUCAAUCGCCAAGUUCUCAAUAAUCCUACUAUGAGCCCUAGCUAUCUAAUCCUUCAUGAAAAAUCUCCGAUUUCGCAGGUUCAGCGCUCAGGUAGACUCCAUUAAUAAACAAAUUGAUUCUAAAGUAAGAGUCCACUCUCGCAUAUUUCCAGUUCCUCACCGCUCCAUCCCCGAUUUGCGGGGACAUGAUCUUGACUUUGUUAGCAUUAUUCACAGUCAUUUGAUUCAUGGAGACUGGUCCAAGCUUAUUUCCUUUGCUCAUGGUCUUAAUCCCUUCAGAAUCAAGCGCAUCCUUCUCAAAAUCCAGAAAGACCCCGUCCUCUCCCUUGAAUUUUAUGAUUGGGCCUUUAUCCACAACCCUAAUUCUCAAACCCUUGAGACCCAUGCCAUCAUCCUCCACAUACUCGCCAAAUUUCGUAGAUUUAGAGCUGCUGAAUCUAUUUUCAGGAAAACUAUUCUGUCAAAAAUCUCAACUUUGGAGCUUUUUGAUGCCCUAAUCCAUUCCUACCGCCUUUGUGAUUCCUCACCCAAUGUAUUUGAUUCUCUUUUCAAAACAUGUGCACACUUGAAGAAGUUUAGGAGUGCCACAGAGACAUUUUUUUUUAUGAGAGAUUAUGGCUUCCUCCCGACCGUCCGAUCAUGCAAUGCUUUUAUGAGCUCUUUGAUUGAUCAUGGACGGCACGACAUUGUUCAGUCCUUCUAUAGGGAGAUGAGAAGGUGUCGGAUUUCUCCAAAUUUGUAUACCUUAAACAUGUUCCUGGUUGCUCUUUGCAGUUCUGGUAGAUUAGAGAAGGCUUUGGAUGUUUUUGCGAAAAUGGAGUUAAUGGGUUUUAGCCCCUCUGUCCCUUCCUUCAACACAUUGAUUACUGCAUAUUGUAAGAGAGGGCUCAUGAGCUCUGCCAUGAAGUUGAAGAAUGAGAUGCAAACUAAGGGUUUGGAUCCAAAUGUAAUUACAUAUAAUUCGAUCAUUUAUGGGUUCUGCAAGGAAGGAAAAUUGCACGAAGCUAAUAAGAUUUUGAGCGAGAUGAAAGUCAACGGUGCCAGUCCUAAUACCGUGACCUACAAUACUCUUAUCAAUGGUUAUGGUCAAAUUCAUAAUGGAGAUAUGGGUUUAAGAAUUUAUGAGGAGAUGAUCCUGAAUGGUGUCAAGCCUGACAUUCUUACAUAUAAUGCAGUGAUUUUAGGUUUCUGCAAUGAAGGUAAGACGAAGAAAGCUUCGUACUUAGUUAAAGAGAUGGAUCGAGAAAAUGUUGCACCAAAUGCAUCAACUUUUGCUGCACUUAUAAGCGGCCAUUGCAAGAGGCAGAAUUCUGAGAGGGCUUUUGAGAUUUACAGUGCCAUGAAGAAGAGUGGAUAUCAUCCUAAUUAUGAAACAUUUAAGCUUAUGAUUAGCACUUUUUGUAAGAACAAAGAUUUUGAUGGAGCACUUACUAUGUUGAGGGAAAUGUUGGAGGCAUGGAUCAACCCGGAUGAUAAUUUGUUGACCGAGCUUUAUGAAGGGCUGCGGAGCUCAGGGAAGACCCAUUUAGCAAGAAGGUUUCUUUCUGAGGCUGAUGUGUUGAGGUUUAAUCCUGAAACCAUUGUUGAUGUUAGUAACUGCUCAAUUCAGCUAAAAGGUGCAAAAUUGUAAUGUUGGAACUGUUCUGUAAUUUUUUAUAAGGAUGGAAUAUGAUUCGUUAUUCUGAUUAUAUUGUUUAAGGGAUCACAACUACUAAAUAGAAAUGUUUGUAUGUGGCGCUUGGAUCCCAAACUCUUCAAUUACAUUCCAAUGACAUGUGGAUCUCUAGAAAACUGAGUUCACUUAGGAAGAUUUACAUACAUACCUCUCAAUUCGUAUGUAUUUACAUA